GGGAAAACGGUGAAGUCAGAACAGGCUGGGGAAGAGGCCGAUGUUCGGGAGACGGGGAAACGGCGCCAGAGGUCCAGCGUCUGCGAGGGGACACCUGGGCUACCGUUUCAGGCAGCGGCAUGGGCUGGGCUGAGGCCUAGGUACCCCGGCUGCUGGCCUCGGGGAGGGGGGCAGGAUCAUGUCUGCUGACAAAGGCUGGCCGGCGCCCCCCGAAGGCGAGGACAGCGUGUCUGAGAAGCUCCUGAGGAAGACCAGGGAGUCUCCCCUGGUGCCUAUAGGCCUAGGAGGCUGCCUGGUGGUGGCGGCCUACAGGAUUUACCGGCUGAAGGCUCGGGGCUCCACCAGGAUGUCCAUACACCUGAUUCACACCCGCGUGGCGGCACAGGCCUGCGCGGUGGGCGCGAUCAUGCUGGGUGCCAUGUACACCAUGUUCAGAGAUUACAUCAAGAGAACAGCGCAGGAUGCGGGGGAAAAGUAGGUUCCCAUGGCCCAGGGCAGUCAGACCCUCCCAUCGACCCCUGCCAUGUUCCUAAUAAAGGAGUUUUGCAGAAAAUC